AUGGAAGGGCAACUGAUUGCAACUAUUUGCGACACCUUGUCGGAGAAAAGACUAUGGCGGGGCAACUAUUUGCAACACCUUGUCGGAGAAAAGACUAUUGCAGGGCAACUAUUUGCAACACCUUGUCGGAGAAAAGACUAUUGCAGGGCAACUAUCUGCGACACCUUGUUGGAGGAAAGACUAUGGCAGGGCAACUAUUUGCAACACCUUGUCGGAGAAAAGACUAUGGCGGGGCGACUAUUUGCGACACCUUGUCGGAGAAAAGACUAUAGCGGUGCAACUAUUUGCGACACCUUGUCGGAGAAAAGACUAUGGCAGGGCAACUAUUUGCGACACCUUGUCGGAGAGGAAAGACUAUGGCGGGGCAACUAUUUGCGACACCUUGUCGGAGGAAAGACUAUGGCGGGGCAACUAUUUGCAACACCUUGUCGGAGAAAAGACUAUGGCGGGGCAACUAUUUGCGACACCUUGUCGGAGAAAAGACUAUGGCGGGGCGACUAUUUGAUGGACACCUUGUCGGAGGGAAGAAAGACUAUGGCUGGGCAACUAUUUGCCACACCUUGUCGGAGAAAAGACUAUGGCGGGGCGACUAUUUGCAACACCUUGUCGGAGAAAAGACUAUGGCGGGGCGACUAUUUGCGACACUUUGUCGGAGAAAAGACUAUAGGGGGGGCAACUAUUUGCAACACCUUGUCGGAGGAAAGACUAUGGCGGGGCAACUAUUUGCGACACCUUGUCGGAGGAAAGACUAUGGCGGGGCAACUAUUUGCAACACCUUGUCGGAGAAAAGACUAUGGCGGGGCGACUAUUUGCGACACCUUGUCGGAGAAAAGACUAUGGCGGGGCAACUAUUUGCAACACCUUGUCGGAGAAAAGACUAUGGCGGGGCAACUAUUUGCGACACCUUGUCGGAGGAAAGACUAUGGCGGGGCAACUAUUUGCAACACCUUGUCGGAGAAAAGACUAUGGCGGGGCGACUAUUUGCGACACCUUGCCGCGGGACAGAGGAUGGAAGGUGAAGUCAAAGGCACGGGGUGGCAACUAUUUGCGACACCUUGUCGGAGAAAAGACUGUGGCGGGGCAACUAUUUGCGACACCUUGUUGGAGGAAAGACUAUAG